AUGAAUCAAAUAAAUUAUUUGACAUCCGAACGAAACUUUUUACCACCAACCGAUCGUGAUAUAUUAAACUUAGGGAAUAAUAGUAGUAAUAGUAAUAAUAAUAGUAGUAGUAGUAAUAAUAAUAAUAAUAAUAAUAAUAAUAAUAAUAAUAAUAAUAAUAAUAAUAAUAAUAAUAGUAAUAGUAAUAGUAAUAGUAAUAAUAAUAAUAAUAAUAAUAGUAAUAAUAAUAAUAGUAGUAGCUCACCAGAUCACAUGUCGCUUCAUUCAAAUGGUAUGGAUAUACACCAUAAUCAACAGAACCAUCAUUAUCAAAAUAUUCAACAUCAACCACAUCAUUUCCAACAAAACUACGAUGAAAGAAGAAUAGAUUAUGGAAAUAAUAAUAAUAACAAUAAUACAAAUUCAAUGAAUAAUUCUAAUAAUAAUUCUAAUAAUAAUUCUAAUAAUAAUUCAAAUAAUAAUAAUAAUAAUAAUAAUAAUAAUAAUAAUAAUAAUAAUAAUAAUAAUUCAAAUAAUAAUAAUAAUUCAAAUAACAAUAAUUUUAAUUAUAAUAUUAAACAACAACCACAACAAACAUUACAAAAUCAAAUUGUAAAUAUGAACGGUAAUAUUAUUACAUCGAAUGGAAACCAUCAUUAUCCAACGCCCCAUAUGCUUUAUGCUAGAAUGGCGGAAAUAGUGGAGGAACCUUUAUAUGUAAAUGCAAAACAAUAUAAUAGAAUUUUAAAAAGACGUGCAGCUCGUGCAAAAUUAGAAUCUGAAAAUAAGUUACCAAAAACUAGAAAAGCAUAUCAACAUGAAAGUAGACAUCAACAUGCAAUUAGAAGACAAAGAGGUUGUGGUGGUAGAUUCUUAACAAAAGCUGAUCAAGCAAAAUUAGAUGCUCAAAAUGCUGCUAAUGCCGCUGCUGCUGCUGCCAAUCCAAAUGCUAGCUCCACAUCUACAACCACUUCAAAUAUUACCAACAACAAUAAUAAUAAUAAUAACAACAACAACACAAAUAAUAAUAAUAAUAAUAAUAACACAAAUGUAAAUGGUAGUGGUGGUAGUGGUGGUAGUAAUAAAAUCGCUUCUUCUGAUGAUGAUAUUGAAAAUGAUGUUGAAAAUGAUAGUGAUAGUGCCAAUAUUAAAAAUAAUUCAAAUAGUCCAAAUCAAUCUUCCUCCUCUCCUCCUCCUUCAAAAUCUAAAGUUGUUAAAAAAUCAAAUACUAUAAAUAAAAGAAAUAAUAAUAUUAAUAAUAAUAAUAAUAAUAAUAACAACAAUAAUAAUGAGAAAACGCAACCAAUAUCUUCUUCAUCUUCUUCUUCUUCACCUUUACUAAAUAAUGGUCAUAUACAGGCUCAACAAAAUCAAUCACCAUCCUCUUCACCAUCUCAAAAUCUUCCUCCAUUAAAUUUUAGUAAUAACAUUAAUAACAAUAUCAAUAAUAAUGGCAAUCCGACAAAUUUUAAUAAUAACAAUCCAAAUAAUAAUCCAAAUAAUAAUAAUAAUAAUAAUCCAAAUAAUAAUAGUUUCCUUCCGCCACUUUCAAAUUUUUCAAAUAAUAGAUCCUAG